AUGAACGGGACGACCCUCGACCCGGAACGGGCGCUGGCGUCCGAACCAGUGUGGGAGCGGCCCUGGUCGGUGGAGGAGAUCCGCAGGAGCAGCCAAAACUGGUCCCUGGCGGCCGACGCAGGCUUGCUACAGUUUCUACAGGAAUUUUCACAGCAGACUAUCUCUAGGACCCAUGAAAUCAAGAAACAAAUGGAUGGACUGAUUCGGGAAACUAAGGCUACAGAUUGCCGCCUGCAUAAUGUCUUCAAUGACUUCCUUAUGCUCUCAAAUACCCAGUUCAUUGAGAAUCGGGUGUAUGAUGAAGAAGUAGAGGAGCCAGUACUCAAGACUGAGCCAGAAAAAGCAGAACAGGAGAAAACCCGGGAACAAAAAGAAGUAGAUCUGAUUCCUAAAGUGCAGGAGGCUGUAAACUAUGGUUUACAAGUAUUGGACAGUGCAUUUGAGCAGCUUGAUAUUAAAGCAGGAAACUCAGACUCUGAAGAAGAAGAUGCUAAUGAGCGGCUAGAACUGAUCCUUGAACCAAAGGACCUGUACAUUGAUCGCCCCUUACCUUAUUUAAUUGGAUCGAAGCUAUUCAUGGAGCAGGAAGAUGUAGGUCUUGGAGAGCUAUCUAGUGAAGAAGGUUCAGUAGGCAGUGAUCGUGGUAGUUUUGUGGAUAGUGAAGAAGAGAAGGAAGAGGAGCAGUCAGAUGAAGACUUUACCAAUCACAGUGACAAUGAUCAAAACCGGCACACUGCACAGAUGAGCGAGGAAGAAGAGGAUGAUGAUGGCUGUGACCUUUUUGCUGACUCUGAGAAGGAGGAGGAAGAUACUGCAGAUGUUGAACAAAGUGCUAGACCUAAAAGAAGUAGACCUACAUCAUUUGCUGAUGAGUUAGCAGCACGAAUCAAAGGGGAUACCAUUGGCCAAAUAGAUGAGAGCCAAAUAACUGUGUCCUCAGGGGAUGCAAAACCGUGGAAGACAUUGAAAGAGAAGGAAAGGACAGCUCCUUCAGAUGAUGAAGAAGAAAACUUAUUUGCACCCCCUAAACUGACUGAUGAAGACUUCUCACCUUUUGGCUCUAGAGGUGGCCUAUUCAGUGGAGGGAAGGGACUUUUUGAUGAUGAGGAGGAUGAGAGUGACCUCUUCAUGGAAGCCCCUAAGGACCGGGAAGUUGCAGCCCCCGUUCAUGAAGAGUCUUCAUCUUCCAAACCUGGAAAAAAAAUCCCAGCAGGAGCUGUCUCUAUAUUUUUAGGGGAUGCUGAUGUGUUUGGUACCACCUCUCCUUCAUCCCUGAAAGAGCCUCCGAAGCCUGAGCAACCUACUGCAGGGAGAAGCCCACACCUCCCAGCUCAUACUGGCCUCUUCGAUAAUGAUGAGGAGGAUGAUGACUUUUUUACAGCACCCUGCAUCAAAUCUUCCCAGACAGACAAAGUCAAAUCCACUGCUGAUAUCUUUGAUGAUGAAGAAGAAGAUCUGUUUAAAGAAAAAGCAGCUUUGCUAGAAGCUCCUGUGAAUCACACAGAUAAAGCAGGAAAAAAGGUUACUCUGCCUUCCAGCAAACAUCUCAAGCUCUCGUCAGAAGCAAAAACUCAAAAAGGUUUAUUUUCAGAUGAGGAGGACUCUGAGGAUUUGUUUUCUUCUCAAAAUGCAAGUAAGUCAAAAGGUGCAUCUCUCCCGCCCAGCAAACUCCCCACUCCAGUCUUGCUUUUUGAUGAUGAAGAUGAAGAGGAUAACCUUUUUGGGGCUACAGUUGCUAAAAAGCAGACUUCAUCCCUGCUAACAUCAAGUCAAGAGAAAACAAAACUCUAUGAGCCCUCCAAAAAGAAAGCAUCUGCCUUACUGUUCAGCAGUGAUGAGGAGGACCAGUGGAGUAUUACUGAUUCACACACCAACACAACAUCUGACAGCAGGUCUAGAGGAGACCUUAGAGACACUGGGACCACCCAGGACCAAGAAGCUAAGAAGGCUGUGAAAAAGACCAGUCUCUUUGAAGAUGAUGAUGAAGAUGAUCUGUUUGCUAUUGCUAAAGACAGCCAAAAGAAGACCCAGAGAGUGUCACUUCUCUUUGAAGAUGAUGCUGAUAGUGGAGGCUUUCUGUUUGGUUCUCCUCCCACAUCGGUUCCUCCUGCGACAACGGAAAAAGAUACAGUUGCUCAAGCACCACCUUUGCUGUUCAGUGAUGAAGAAGAGAGGGAGGCACCAUUUAGAGUGAAGUCUGUGGAUAAGAAUGUCUGCAUUGCCGUAGGAUCAUUGGAUGUUGGGAGAGCUAAUGCAACUCAGUCAGGAAAGGAAGGACCUUUGACUAUAUCUGUUCAGGCACCAGUCAAACAUUCUGAUUUAUUUUCAUCAUCAUCUCCAUCAGAGAAAGGAGCCAAGGGUAGAACCAAAACUGUUCUUAGCUUGUUUGAUGAUGAGGACGAUAAAACUGAAGAUCAAAGCAGCACCCAAGCACCAGAGAAAGAAGUAGAAAAGAAUGUUGAUCCUGAUGCCCGCCCCAAGAGCACAGGUGUCUUUCAGGAUGAAGAACUCCUUUUCAGUCACAAACUACAAAAAGACAAUGACCCAGAUGUUGACCUUUUUGCUGGCACAAGAAAAACCAGGUUAGAACCAGCUGUUGGGAGCCUGUUUGACGAUGAUGAAGAAGAUGAUCUUUUCAGCUCUGCCAAGUCCCAACCUUUGAUACCUGAAAAGAAAAGGGAAGUGAAACGAGACCAUCCUGUGCCAUCUUUCAAGAACCAGAAACAUCCUGAAUCCACUCACGGUAUCAAAGAAAAAAACAUAAGGAAGCUGGAAACACCUCAGGACUCAUCAGGUCCCGCUCCAUUUAAAACCAAAGAACCAUCUACUCGGAUCGGGAAAAUACAAGCAAAUUUAGCCAUUAACCCAGCGUCCUUGCUGCCUGCAGCAGUUCCCCGGAUUUCUGGAGCAAAGCCUGUGUUGCCUGAAUUGGCUUUUCCUCCAUCAGAACCCAAAAGUACGGAGGCCGGCGUGAGUUUUGAUCUUCCAGCUCAGGCAGACACCUUACACAGUGCAAACAAGAGCCGAGUCAAAGUGAGAGGGAGACGCAGACCCCAGACCCGUGCAGCUCGGCGGCUGGCUGCCCAAGGGAGCAGUGAAGCAGAGGACAUGAGUGACCUCAGAGAACCAAUUUCACAGUUAAGAGAUAGCACCAUUUCACCAGAUUUCCACCAGCCACAGCCCAAGGCAGUUGGUGGAGAAGACAGCUCUGUGGCAGCUGCUACUCCACCUUUGGAAGGCGGUCCUGUGCCUGAAGUAGACAGGAGCCCCUUUGCAAAAUCUCUGGGUCAACCUCUUGAGAAUGAUCUUUUUGAUUCUGGGGAUAUCUUUUCCACGGGCACUGGAUCCCAGUCCACAGGGAGAACAAAAGCCAAGGAGAAGGCAGCAGAGUCCCCAGCUAGCCAACCGGGAAGAAGUAAAGAACAGAGGCGUAUUUUCUCAGCUCUUGAUGAGGCAGGCAGCGAUGAUGAUCUCUUUCAGUCUGUCAAACCAAAACCAGCAAAAAAAGCCAGUCCCUUUCCUCUCCUGGAAGAUGAAGAUGAUCUCUUUACAGAUAACAAAGGCAAGAAGAAUGAGUCAAAACUUCAUAGUCAGCAAGAUGUUAUAUUCAAAACACAAGAUAUUUUUGAGGAUGAUAUAUUUGCUACAGAAGCAAGUAAACCCUCACAAAAAAAGAAAGAACGAACAUUGGAAUCCAACUUAUUUGAUGAUAACAUUGAUAUCUUUGCUGACUUAACUGUAAAACCAAAAGAAAAAUCCAAAAAGAAAGUGGAAGCUAAGUCUAUAUUUGAUGAUGAUAUGGAUGAUAUCUUCUCCUCCAGUACCCAGGCCAAGACAACCAAACCAAAAAACUGGUCUGCACAGGCAGUGCCUGAACCAAGAUCUGAACACAAGGUGUCUAACAUAUUUGAUGAUCCCCUGAAUGCAUUUGGAGGCCAGUAG